CUCUUUGGGUGUUUUACAACAAAAAUUUCCCAAUUUCCAAGACACGUUUAUCCUAAAAACGGGUCGGGUCAAGACCGCAUUUGGUGGGUUUAAGGGUUUUACGAUAUUGGGGAAAAAUCUUUUUGGCUCAGUUUCUGCACAUUUAAAUAGCCGCUUUCUCUGUUAGCUAGAAGAAGAAGAAUUCGCAGCACUCUUCUUCUACUUCAAUCUUUGCAAUCGGGAAAACGAACUCGUCUUCGCCGGCAACGGAUCUGAGUAAGCUCGAAAUGGCAGCGCUUGUUCCUCCGUCCCCCGCCUCGCCGGCGGCGAGUUCAGAUGCGGAGCACCCUAAAGUUGACUACCUAAAUCUGCCUUGCCCCAUUCCCUACGAAGAAAUUCAUCGGGAGGCACUCAUGUCCUUGAAGCCAGAACUCUUUGAAGGAUUGCGUUUUGAUUUUACAAAAGGACUCAAUCAAAAAUUUUCACUCAGCCACAGUGUGAUGAUGGGACCUACUGAGAUUCCUGCUCAAUCUGCUGAUACAAUUAAAAUUCCCACGGCUCAUUAUGAGUUUGGGGCCAACUUUAUAGACCCACAGUUGAUGCUUUUUGGGAGGGUGAUGACAGAUGGCAGACUAAAUGCAAGACUAAAAUGCGAUUUGACCGAUAAUCUUACUUUGAAGGGAAAUGCUCAACUUACGAACGAGCCUCAUAUGUCGCAUGGCAUGUUCAAUUUUGAUUAUAAGGGUUCGGAUUAUAGGACUCAGUUUCAAAUAGGAAAUGGGGCCUUACUUGGUGCAAGUUACAUCCAGAGCGUGACUCGUAAUUUAUCUUUAGGUGGUGAAGUAUUCUGGGCUGGUCAACAUCGGAAGUCCGGCAUUGGCUAUGCGGCACGUUAUAACACUGACAAGAUGGUUGCAACUGGACAAGUUGCUAGCACUGGGAUGGUAGCCCUUAGCUAUGUCCAGAAAGUAUCUGACAAGGUUUCUCUGGCAACUGACUUCAUGUAUAACUAUAUGUCCGGGGAUGUCACAUCCAGCGUUGGUUAUGAUUACAUGCUUCGGCAGUGCCGCCUGCGAGGAAAGAUUGACUCCAAUGGCGCAGUGUCUGCUUUCCUCGAAGAGAGACUCAAUAUGGGUCUCAAUUUUCUUCUUUCUGCUGAGAUAGAUCACCGGAAGAAGGAUUACAAGUUUGGCUUUGGAUUGACAGUGGGAGAAUAGGACAGGGAUCAUAUUCAUUAUCGAGUCUCAAAUUAAGCUGAUAAUUGCAAGGUAUACUGGAAUCAGUUUUGUAUGCUCAAAUGACCUUAUUCGUUAGCAGUGAGAUCUGCUGCAGCGCAUUUGCUAGUAGAUGUUUUUGCAGGUUGGCGAUCA